AGGAAGCAGCAGCCGGGCUUCCUCCACAGCAGGAGGUGUUCAGGAGCCCGUGUACCUGUCCGUAGCGCUCUCCUAUCAAACAGUCUCAACUUAUCGCUGGUCCAGAAAGCGGAUGCUGACUUUACGUCCUCUUCAGUUCCAUCCUCCAGUUCAGCUGAGCCUCAACUUCUUCCCACCAUGUCCCUGUAUACCUCUAUACUCCAGCUGAGUCCAUCAGUGUGUCUUCACCUCCUCUACCUGCUGAUGCUCCUGGCUGAUUCUUGCUCCACAGCAUCUAAACAGGAAAGAACUGUCACGGACAGUCCCCUAACCCAACUUAACACAACACAAGCUGACUGCGUCACUGGAUGUGAUGGUGAUGGUUCUGUCAUUAAAAAUGCAACAGCUGAGGAUUUCUCCAAGAACAGUUCAAGAGUUGUGGCAACAAACCCACCACAGAAGAAUGUGUCCUAUAUCUCAGACCUUAAUAACACUGGACCAAUCUUCAACCAGUCUUCAGUUCCUGUCAGCACGACCAACUCCACUGUUGUGGGGAAGGAUGAUAAAACUGUUUUGAACGUGAACACAGAAGGCACCCAGCAGAUUCAGUCUUCUCCCAACUCAUCUUCAUCCAAUAACCACACCACUGUCAGCCACAAAUUGAGUUACCCUGUUGCGUCCUUAAUCCCGCCCAAACAGUCAGCAGGAGAACUCAAUUCUUCCACAGCCUCACCAGCCAGUCAGCAUCCAGUAUUGCCUGACCAUCAGCCUACAUCACCAGAGACAGUCACCUCACCUGAAUCUACUCUUCCUUCUACCACCAUAGGCUCACCCACUCAGUCCACAAAUCCUGGCUCCAUCACCAGCACUGGUAGAGCUACAGCUACUACUGCAGAGACUGUUGGGAAUGUACACACAAACACUGUACCAGUGACUUCAACAACCACAAGAACACCACAAUCUACAAGAACAACCGCAACUACACCAACAGAUCGAACAACAACAGAAGCAUCACACCCUCCAGCAACGGUAACAAAAACGGCUAACACAACCAUUAUUGCAACCACAUCUACAAAAAUGUCGCCAUCAUCAUUAGCUCCCACGCCAAAGCUAACUACUGGGAUGCCAUCGGUUCAAAAGACUUCUUCAACCACAGGACCUGCUGCCAUAACUGUUCCCAAUGCCAUCACUCCUGCCAGUCACAACAAGUCUUUUGCCUCCUCGACGGGUGUUGCUGUGGUAGAGGUUGAAGGGGCUGCGCUGACCAGGCAGUUGGUGGAUACCGCGUCUUUAUUGGCCGUCCUGCUUUUUGGCAUGCUCUUUUUCUUGGUCACGGUGGCGGUAUUUGCCACACAGGCCUACGAGAGCUACAGGAGGAAGGACUACACGCAGGUCGACUAUCUGAUCAAUGGCAUGUACACGGACUCGGGGGUGUGAGAGAGGACGAGGCUAAGCACAACUCAUGGAGCUUGCUUUUGCACUUGGAAUCAGAGAGUCUAAGAAUGAAAGACAAACCGAAUGGUGGCACAGUGCUGAUAGUUCGGGAUGAAGUAGGAAUGGACCAAUCUGACCAAUGGCCCACUAAACCGACCCUAAAACAGUCUGAUUUUGGUUUUAUCAUAACAUCUCCACUUGUAGUUCUUUCAGGCUUCCUUCUUUAAUGAUUUGAGAAUGUAAAGCGUUUACUCUCUUCCAUUUUGGCCAAACAUUAAGCUUGGUAUUCGCCCAUGACAUAAUCUUCUCCACGCAGUUGGUCAGUCCAGCAGUGGUUAGUCCACUAUCCAGUACCAAUCAGGAUGCUUCCACAUCUCAGCAGGUGUUCUACCUUUAUUAGUUUCUUGUCGCGCUGAUUAUUAUUAUUUUUAUUUUUUAUUUUUUGUCGUCUUCCCUCCCCUUAAAGAUGAAUGUCACUGCUGUCACUUUUUCAAAAAGUCGAGUUUGAAUAAAGUCGAACACAUUUCAAUUCAUUUGAAUGCCAUUCCAUACAACAUAUUACAUUUUUUUCCCCCCACAUUCAAACAAGUGUUUGAAUUUUGAAUUAGUGACAGCCCAACUACGGACCAAAGCAUAUUGUAAACAUCGUGUACAAGAUUUAAAUUUUGUGGUGAUUACCUCAUUACUUUUUUUUGUCCCAUUAAAAGACGGUUAACAUAAACUAUAAUGGCAUACACUUGUAGCUCUACACUUGCAACUAUUUCCACAUGGAAAAUGUAAUAAUUUACUUGAAAUCUGGUUUUGCACAUUUCAAUAAUUUUGUCAAAUGUAGUUUAUAACAGUGGAACACAGUUAAUUGCAAUGAACUUCAAUCUGAUCAGUUAAGCCAUUCUAUAUAUAAUUUUGCAGGCAUUUACUAUAUUCUCUCAUUUAUAGGCGCAGCCCGACAUGUGUCCAUUUCCACCUCUAUCAAAUAUUUACUGUUGCUGCUGUUGUCAGUCAUUCGGAUAAAACAAAUCUGUCAUUUUGUCCUAAUACCCGUCCACAAACUGCUGUUUUUGCAAGUGAUCAUCACUCAGUCAGGUCUCCUGGAAUUUAGCAAGGUUAACACUAAGCUUCGCCGAAUUCUGUGGAGUCUGUAGUACGAAGAAAUGCUUUAUUGUGAAACCAGUACAUUUUGGCUUGGUGCCUUCAUUGUGGUCAAAUGAGAGAUCUCAAGUCUGCGGACUCUUAGUUUGACCUCAGAUGCUGGCUUGUUUACAGUCUAAGUGAGGACGUUACUUUGCUGAUUAAAGUAAAAUUUUAACUCGUAGAAAAGAUGGCUAAAACUGCAAAAAUAUGAUGCAAGUUGGAUCACAUUACUACAGCUGAACAAUCACUUAAAUGUAGCUGUCGUAUCAAAUACCAGUCUAGUCAGUAGUGGUAGGGUGUUAAAGAUCUGACCAGAGUGGGACAGCUAAACCGGAACCAGCCUCUUCCAUACUUUCGUAAACAACCAGGUAGAAAAACUUCAGUCAUCCAUAGAUGUGUUGGAGCUUUCUCAGAAAGACAUUUGAAUGUUUUACACAGGUACUCCUACCAGCUAACUACAGUGGGAGACAAGUUUUCCCAGGUGUGGCCUUGUGUGUUGAAGCCUGAUGUGGAUGCAUCAGUGCUGUGUCCAGUUUAGUCAGCAGGCCAGAGAGAGACCACUGUAUCGUCUUAUUCAAGCUGUUCAGCUGAUUUUUUAUUUUGUUCUCAGUUGGUCGAUUUUUUUCUGUGUGCAUGUGAUGGGCAGCAGAGGCCUUGUUCACUCAGCCUGUUUGAAGGACGCAAACUGCCUUCUGCAAUUUAUUUUUUCCCAGUUACAUUAAUUUGGACUUCCUUCAUUAGCUUGAAUAUAAUUUCAAAGGUUUCACAUCAACAGUGUGAUCUCAGUCCUGCCUGUGAUAAAAGCGCCUGUGGAUCCCUCAAGAUUCUGCUGCUGCACAUGCAGUACAUAUACAUAUAUAUAUAUAUAUAUAUGUCGCUGCUCGAAAUAGGGACGAAAUGAUGUUUUGUUUUUGUUUUUUUCAUUUUUGGAGGGGAAGUUUAUACUCGCAUGAAUUGACUAAAAACGAAGUGGGCACAACAUUUCUUUUGUUGCUUUUGUUUAACAGACAUGUUUUCAGUGCUUUAAAGGCUCUUACCAGACAUCUCUUUACAAUAUCAGACGAAACAAAUAAGCACAUCUUCUCAUUUCACUGUGGUUAAAGGCAAAUAAUAUUUAGAAAAAGCUCGAUAUAUUUUUGUUAAUCUUCACUUAAAUACCUUAAACGACAUUCCAUUAGCUUUCUUUGACGCUCAUGAUGCUUUAACUGGGGUUUAGAGUUUCUUUAUACUUUGCACUGUCUUCCAAUGAGUUAUGGGAACAAGGCCAUGCUAGAUAGUUUAUUUUCUUUAAGUUUUAUAUUUUUUGCUUAUGGUGAAUGUAUGUUUUUGAACACUUAGUUAGCUUGAAUAUAUGUAUUGCCCAUAAUUCCCUACACAGAUUCUUCAUUUAGCUUCAUGUGCACGUCACUGUGUAAGACGUCAUGCUGUGUUAACAUGAAUGUGAAUGUUAAGCCAUUCAUUACCUUACUGUCAGUACAUUUCAGAGAUACCUUCCUAUUCCUGGAAACAUACACUUUACAUUCAGCAAAGACAUUUCUUUUUUAUGACUUUCCUAAUAAUUAUCCUGUUUGUGAUGAUGACAAGUUACCAGUGCUUUUUUUUGUUGCUGGAUGCAUGAGACAGACUAUGAGAAGAAUCUUUUUUAACCUCAUAAUUUGUGAGGCAGAAGUCAAAACGGUAUAAGUGUACCAUGAAAAUACACAGAUGUGAAAUCCAUCUUUUUAGUUGCAGUAACUUUGCAGCUGAGGAAGAUUCUAAAAAUUCCUCCGUUUGGGCUGGUUAUUGUGCAAAGGUUAUGAACUACUUCUUGCCAAAUGAGGAACACACACUUUGUAAGUGUGCGAUCUCUUGGUUAAUAACAAGAUGAGGAGUAUUGACUGAUGCCCUACUAGGCCACUAGCAAAAAAUCGUUUUCAACCUCCAGUCCUGGUGCAAAAUAGUUCUGUGUUUUUUCUGUGCAUUGGGAACAAAAACACGAGACAAACCCUAAAAGUCAGUAUUCAUGCAAUAGACUUGUGCGCAGGUUGUAUUUGUUUUCUUCUGAGGGUUUCAUGGUUCAUGGAAAUUUGCUAAAUGUUCACUAAAGCACAUUAUUGUUUGACAAAGCCAAGGGAAACACAAAGCCAUUAUACUUGUGGCCUAUGGAAAGGACAACAUGAACUGUAUUCCACAGCGGGAAAAAGAACAUUUAUUGGUGAAUCUGAAAAGGUACACAAGAAGAUAUUUUCAAAUUUUAAAAAAAGUGUUUUUGACAUAUUGUGUAUUCCUGCAGGAUGUAAAAUACAUUUGAACCUGUCAAUUGUCUGUGAAAUGUCCACGUCUUUACAGUUGAUGUCUAAUUGAUUAGUGUCUCCUCCAGAAUUUUCAAAGGAGAAAAUCCUCUAAAAGAGUGUGUGAAAAAUAUCUGGUUUUACAAAUGUGCUAAAAGUUCAGAUUGUUUACAAGAACACAAGAGAGGAGAUCAGGAUGGAAAUGGUGAUUUAUUUUUGAAGUAUUUUUACAUUUUUGUUCAAGAAAAUGAAGCUUCUAUCACGUUGAGAAAAUGAGAUCUUGUUAAGGUGAGAAAACAAGCUCACUGAUGAUUGGAAAACAUCAAUAGAACAAGGCCUUAUUCCUGUGACAUUUUUAAAAAAGUGUCUCUUGCCAUUUAUCUUGAACAAUUAGGGUUUGGUUUGUCUGUCCUGGUAAAUAAGGUAUUUUUUUCCAUGAGUCUCAAAAAUGUUCAUCUGCUUGGUUAUUAUUUCUAACUCAUUAACUGUAACCAUGGCCACUCUCAGCAUCCAUACAGGAGUGUUAUAUUUUUAUGUUUGGUUUAUUUGUUUUCUCGCCAUCACAAAAAACAUUUCAUGUCAGCGUCACACAAACUAUCUCCAAACUGAUUAACAUUCAGCAUUGUGAUAUUGGACAAGCAUAUGAUGUCUGUCUUGAAAAGCAUUUGGGUUAUCUUCAGAUUACAAAAAAAUAUUCGUUGACCAUUAGAAACAAAAUUUUCCUUCGCCUUCUGUUAUUGACGUAAUGUCUUCAGGGAUGACCCAAAUUUCUCUUGUGGCAGGUAAAAUGUAGAAUAUACUGUAUUAAAAUGUCUUGGAUGAUGUCACUGUGUCCAGUAAGCUAAGUGAGGCAUUUUCAAAUGAUCUUGGUUUUUGGAUGUCAAUAUAAUUCUAGUUUCCAGGAUCCUGGAAACAACACUGCUGGGCUGUGUUAAAGGUGGAUUUGUGUGUUCAAUGACUGAUGUGCAGGAGGUGACACCUGCCAUGUGCCAACUUAAUAUUGUACUAAUGCACUUUGAACAGAUAUUUUUACUUUGCAGAAAAUAAAAAAAACAAAAAAUAACUAAA